UGCUUCCGAAUGAAUUCAUGUUCAUUUUAAAAGAAAGUGAGUGAGUGAGAGAGAGAGAGUGAAAGAGGGAGACCUCGAGAAGAACUUUCAGAAGAAGAAUAAGAAAGAAGAAGGAUUUCAAAAGACCAGAAAUGGCUUCAAGACCAAUCGUUCCCCAACAAAUCAGAGGUGAGGCAGUGAUCGGCGGAGGAAAACAAGCAAAGGGCGUGGCUGGAGCAGAGGCAAAGAACCGCCGUGCACUGGGUGAUAUCGGGAAUUUGGUAACUGUUCGAGGAAUUGACGCAAAGGCAAAUCGCCCUAUUACGAGGAGUUUCUGUGCUCAGUUGCUUGCCAAUGCUCAAGCUGCUGCAAAGGCUGAAAACAACAAGAAACAAGUGCCUGUUAGUAUAGAUGGGGCUGCUCCCAUUCUUGAUACUGGUGUUGUGGUUGUAAAGAAAGCAGGAGGUCCCAAGCCAGCUCCUAAGAAAGUCAUUAUAAAACCAACAUCGGAGGUUAUUGAUAUAAGUCCUGACACUGUGGAAAAAGUUGAAAAGAAGGAAGUCAAAUGUGCAAACAAGAAAAAGGAAGGAGAAGGGCCCUCAAAGAAGAAAGCACAGACUCUUACUUCAGUCUUGACUGCUAGAAGCAAGGCUGCCUGUGGUAUAACCAAGAAACCUAAAGAACAGAUUUUUGAUAUUGAUGCUGCAGAUGUUGGUAAUGAGUUGGCAGCUGUUGAAUAUGUUGAGGAUAUCUACACCUUCUAUAAAGAAGCUGAGAACGAGAGCAGACCUCAUGAUUAUAUGGAUUCACAACCUGAGAUAAACCCUUCAAUGAGGGCUAUUUUGGUGGAUUGGCUGGUUGAUGUCCACAACAAAUUUGAACUUUCGCCGGAAACUUUCUACCUCACGAUCAAUAUAAUCGAUCGAUUCCUUGCGACAAAGAUUGUUCCAAGAAGGGAAUUGCAAUUACUGGGCAUUGGAGCGAUGCUUAUAGCCUCCAAGUAUGAAGAAAUUUGGGCGCCAGAGGUAAAUGACUUUGUGUGCCUUUCGGAUAGAGCUUACACUCAUCAACAGAUUCUAGUGAUGGAGAAGAAGAUACUUGGCAAGUUGGAGUGGACCUUGACUGUUCCCACACCAUAUGUUUUCCUUGCUCGAUUUAUCAAGGCAUCCAAGGACUCGAACCACGAGAUGGAAAAUCUGGUUUAUUUUUUGGCUGAACUUGGAAUAAUGCAUUACAAUACGGCAAUGAUGUAUUGCCCGUCGAUGAUUGCUGCCUCAGCAGUCUACGCCGCUCGAUGCACGCUGAAGAAAACACCUGCUUGGGAUGAAACCCUAAAGAAGCACACCGGUUUCUCGGAACCGCAGUUAAUUGAUUGUGCAAAGCUUUUGGUGGGGUUCCAUGGGGUAGCAGACAAGAACAAACUUCAAGUAAUAUACCGAAAAUACUCGAGUUCGGAGCGAGGAGCGGUAGCGUUGAUUCAGCCAGCCAAAGCUUUGUUGGCUCUAGGCAGUGUCCAUUGAUGCUUGAAAAAAGACUGAUUGAUUUAAAUUUCCUUGUUUUUUGUUUUUCUUUUUUUUUUUUUGGGAGGUUUGAAGAAAUGGAGUGGAAAGAUAGAUGAAGGUAGUAAUAUUUUUUUUUGUUGUAUAAUCUCAUCAACAAGUUUUAUGUUGACUUUGACGCACUACAUUCUUCUUCAUUCUUUGUUGUGACAAAAAAGGGGAUCUCCCAACACUUUGUGUUUCU